CAUUAGGCUGGCAACUCUUUUUGUAUUUGCUUUUUGUUUAUAUCUGUUCACUUAUAUGAAGAAGUUGUUGCAUCUAAUCUAUAUUCUAUUCUCGGUGAUUUCUUGAGCUGUCCGCUAAAGGCUGUGAGUUGCUUAAUUUUGCUGUUCACAACGCAUAUAACAAAUUAAAAGAUCUGACAAGAAAAACAAGAAACACAUAUACAAGACCAGAGUAACCAACUAGAGAGGAUCCAAAGGAUGGGUGGUUCAGGAGAUGAUGAUGGUUGUCAAUGCAGGCCUCUGGGAUUUCUCCUGGGUCUGCCCUUCGCUUUCGUCGCCCUCAUCCUCUCCCUCAUCGGAGUUGUCAUCUGGAUCGUCGGGUUGGCGUUGACAUGCAUAUGUCCAUGUUGUUUGUGCGUGACGGUGUUAGUAGAGCUAGCAAUUUCUCUGAUUAAGGCUCCUUUUUCCAUUAUCAAGUGGUUCACUGAGAAGAUCCCCUGUUAGAUUUUAGUCUUUUCAGCUCUUUUUGUUUCUGUUCUUCAGUUUUAGCAUUGAUUAGUUUGGUUACCUUAGCAUUCAUUUUAGUUUGAUUCACAUUUUCAGAAAACGUUCUGUAUAUCUAUUAUUCUUCCUUGUUUAGUUCACAAGUAUUUAAGUAUAGCUGCUUUUCUCAAUAGGUUAUUUAUGUAUGCUGUUGUUUUAUCAUAUGAACUAUGAAGUGUGUAAUCAUUUGUGAUUGUUUGGCUACAGUACCUUUUUAUCUUUCAACUUUCA